UGCUCUACGACGUGCCUGGACCUUCUGUUGUCCACCUUGUGCCUCUUCCUCCCUCGCAGACAAAUCAGUUCUAGAUAGAAAGUCACCACCGCCGGAUCUAUCCCUCGAGAGAUCCCAGUAUUCGGUAUAAAUUACUCUUCCUGAUCUUGCGGGUUGCACAGUUCUCCCCAGCAAUAGGUGUUCCCAGUACUUACUGAGCCCCCAGAGAAACCCAACCGUGCAUCCUCCGACGACGGGAGGAAGCGUGUGUCUGUGUGUGCGGCCCUGGAAACCUGCUGAACCCCAGUGGGAGCCAACACAAUAGGAAACCAGCUGCAAUGAGCUGUUUGAACAAUGAAUGGGUAGAUCCGAAAGACCUCCGGAUCCUCUUUCUCGCCAUUCUAUACGUGGUUGCCAGCAUAAUCUGCAUUCUGGUCCUACUAGUGCAGCGCCUCCACCGUCGAGCCUAUAGAUCCUACGCCUACGCACCGCUAGAGAGACAAAUGAUGGAUCCACCGCCAUCGUAUCUGUCCGAGAAGCGUGGCCAUGGUGGUAUUGGUAGUGGUGGCGAAGAAGAGCCCGUCGGCAGUAAUGCAGCAGUGGGCCAGGGCCAGGGCCAGGUCCACGGCUACGGCGUCGCCUAUCUCAAAGACCCAGCCUCCCACAGCGUUGGUCCCUUCCCGUCUGCCUGUGAUAUCCUGCACCCCCUGUCCCAUUCGUCUCCCUUGCCUUCCAGUGGUUAUCUGGCUGCUGUUUUGGCCCGGGAGCGGAUUAACUGGACAAAGCAAUCAUAUCCGCCGGAGGAUCAUCUGGUGCCGUCGUCGCUCGGGCGUGCCGCCUCCGCCCCUGGGCAGGACCGUCAUCCAGCAGCACCCACCGCGGCCAUGGAUGAUCGCCUCGGUGACCCGUCAUUUGAAGAAGGGCUAGCUCACGGGGCCAUCGUUGUGUCAGAUCCUCCGCGACAGACCGGGUCUUUGGCGCCGGCCCAGUGGCAUGCCCGAAGCCACGAACAGGGGGUCCCCAGCAUCGCAAACCUUAUCGGGCCCCAACCCUCCCAAAAAUGCGGCUAUGCAGUUCAAUUCCUGCACGAUGAGGAUGAGGAGGGGGAGCGGUCCUGGCGACGGUUGAUGAUCGAGUACAGCUAGCUGACAGGUGGUGUGACGUUUUCUCCUUCAAGACUGAUGCAUUUUGAUUCCUUUCGGGCGUUAUCUUUGCCUUUGUUUUCUUCUUCUCUCCUACUAUCUUGAUUCUUGGCUUUUCGCAGUCCCAUUCCAUGUUCUUUUCCCGGGAGGAUGCGCUUCUUAUUUUCGGGCUGGUAGCAUGAGGCGCCGGUCCCCAAGGACGGCGCCCAAAAGGGCGGCAGAUUGUGGGUUAGGUUUUCUUGGACCAGGUAGCUCUAGCACUCAAUGACGAUUGAUGACCUCCACGAGGAUGGUAAGAGAAGAAGAGGAAGAAGAAUGAUG